CGAUAAGCCGAGCCACCUCGUCUCGUUCUCGUCGUGUCCCAUUCCCAGUUUCCUCCUCCGAUUUCCCCCAAAUCCUUCGCCUCGAUCGAUUCCUUCCCCAAAUCCGGAUCAGCCGCAAAAAGCGAAGGGGAGCAGCGAAAAUUCGAAAUCCAAAUCCGAAACCCAACCCCAGCGACGUCACCCACACGGCCCCCCCUCUCUCUCUCUCUCCUCUCUCCUAUGCGCGGCGGCGCGGCUCGGGGGCGGAGGAGCAGCAGCAGCUGAGGCGAGGCGCGAUGAUCGUGCGCACGUACGGCCGCAGAUCCCGCUCCUUCUCCGACGGGGGAGGGGGAGGGGGAGGAGGAGGAGGAGGAGGGUUCUCGUCGUCGCAGGACGCGUUCGAUUUCGACGGGGAGGACGACGACGACCUCGUGGAGCUGGGGUCGUCGCAGCCUCCGCCGCCGCCGUCGCAGGAGUCGUCGUCGAUGUGGGACUUCGACGAGGACCCGCCGCGGCCGCCCCGGGUAGAGGGGAGGAGGCGGCGGGGGAGGGGCGGGGAGUGCGCGGAGCCCCCCGCGGUGGCGGCCACCUCGCUCAUGGAGGCGGAGGAGUACGGGGAGAUGAUGGAGAGCGUCGACGAGGUGAACUUCGCGCUCGACGGGCUGCGCGCCACCGCGCCCAAGCGGGUGCGCCGGGCGAGCUUCCUCGCGCUGCUCGGGAUCUGCGCCUCCGCGCCACGCCGCCGCGUCCUCCGGGCCCAGGGAUUGGUACAACAAAUUAUUGAUGCGAUUUUGGUUUUGAAUAUUGAUGAUCCUCCCUGCACUAUUGGUGCAGCUGCUCUUCUAUUCGUUUUGGCAAGUGAUGUUCAAGAAAAUCAUUUGUUGGACUCAGAAUCUUGUGUACAUUUUCUUCUUAAAUUAUUAAACCCUCCAGUGAAUGCUGUCGAUGCUAAAGCACCGUCAAUAGGUUCCAAACUUCUUGGAAUCAGUAAAGUUCAAAUGCUUAAUGGAUCAAAUAAGGAUUCUGACUGCAUUUCAGAGGAAAUCCUCUUAAAAGUUGAAGACAUUCUCUUAAGCUGUCAAGAGAUCAAGUCACUCGGCAAGGAUGACAAGAAAACAACAAGGCCUGAACUGUGUCCAAAGUGGCUUGCUUUGUUGACAAUGGAAAAGGCAUGCUUGUCUGCUGUUUCAGUGGAGGAGACUUCUGACACAGUGACCAGAAUUGGAGGAAAUUUUAAAGAAACUCUAAGGGAAUUGGGUGGUCUUGACAGUAUUUUUGAUGUUAUGGUGAAUUGUCAUUCAACAUUGGAGAACCUCAUAAAGGAUACUUCCACUUCAGCUUUGGACUUGAAGGAAGGACCAUCUUUGCAAAGUGCUGCACUCCUCUUGAAAUGUUUGAAAAUAUUGGAAAAUGCCACAUUUCUAAGUGAUGAUAACAAGACCCAUUUGCUCAAUAUGAGUAGAAAAUUCAGCCCGAAAUGCGCGCUUUCUUUUGUUGGUGUCAUUAUCAGUACUAUUGAAUCAUUAUCAGCUCUUUCGAUACUUCAGAAUUCUUCCGGUGUUUCCAGCUCUACAUAUCCAAAAUCGUCUAAAGUCUCUCAAGAGAGUUGCUCUGAUGCCAAGGGAGGGACUUCAUUUAAUGAUGGAAAGCGCAACAACUCAAAGAAAAAGAGCCUUUUGCCCAACCAGACACACCAUAGUUGCUUAUCUUCCAAAUCAGAAGUUUCUCAUAUUACUAUAUCUUCUGGUAGUGAUACUGGUGUGUCACAGAAGGCAUUCAGUUCUCCAUCUAUAUCAAGCAAUGGGACAUCAAGUGGUUCGUUAGGCAAGAGGCAUAGCAAUGGUAGUGGUUUGAAGUUGAAUGUCAAAAAGGACCGUGGUAAUUCAAAUCCAAUCAGAGGCUCAAGUGGGUGGAUUUCAAUAAGAGCACACAGUUCUGAUGGUAACUCCAGAGAAAUGGCAAAAAGACGCCGUCUAUCUGAAAAUGUAAACAGUGACAAUGAUGGGGGUGAUGACCCUUUUGCAUUUGAUGAUAUUGAUCAGGAGCCUUCAAAUUGGGAACUGUUUGGUCCAAAAAAGAAGUCACCUCAGAGACAUAUAGAAAAAUCAGGAAAUGGAGUGCUAGUUGAUAGUCAUGAAUCAGACCAACCAGAGGAUAUUAAUCAGUCGGGUACAACAUCUCUUUUUAGUUCUAAAGAUGAAUCCAGUCUUUUGGAAGACUGCCUCUUGGCAUCAGUUAAGGUUCUUAUGAACUUAGCAAAUGACAACCCAUCUGGUUGCGAACUGAUUGCGUCAUCUGGUGGACUUAAUACCAUGGCCUCCUUGAUCAUUAAGCAUUUCCCCUCCUUUUGUUUCUUUGUGGACAACAACUAUCACACAAGAGAUAGAGCAUCUGGCCGAGAUGCCAAUCUUGAUCAUGGCAUAUCAUCUUCUCAAAGCAGCAAGGCACACCAGGUCAAAAUUAAGCAAUUGCGAGAACAUGAGCUUGAUUUUCUUGUUGCCAUAUUGGGCUUGCUUGUCAACCUUGUAGAGAAAGAUAGUCUUAAUAGGGUAAGACUUUCAUCUGCCCGUGUUCCUGUUGAUCUAUCUCAGAAUCCAGAGAGUAAAGAGACACAGAGGGAUGUCAUACCACUCCUCUGUUCCGUAUUCUUAGCAAGUCAAGGUGCCAGUGAAGCUUCUGGAACUAUAUCGCCGGAUGAUGAAGAGUCUUUGAUGCAAGGAGCACAGGAAGCUGAAAUGAUGAUUGUAGAGGCCUAUGCGGCCCUUCUGCUUGCAUUUCUUUCAACAGAAAGCAUGAAGGUUCGAGGAGCUGUUUCCAGCUGCCUUCCAAAUAACAGCUUAAAAAUCCUUGUGCCUGCGCUAGAGAAAUUUGUGGCGUUCCAUCUGCAGCUCAAUAUGAUUACAGAGGAAACGCAUUCAGCUGUCACAGAAGUUAUCGAAAUUUGCAAACUGUCAUAGAAGAGUGAAGAGGAGCCCUGUACAGAUUAACUAACCUCUUUGCAGCAAAAGCAUACACACAAGUGUUUGUCUUGGCCUGGGGCUCUGCAGAUGGACUGAGGAGGCUGACCUGCAGUGGACUUGGGUGCUAACAAUGGUUUCAUUCUUUUCUUUUUCAAUGUUUUCUCCUGUUGUUUUUGCUCCUGUUUUGUGUAUUUUUUUCUCUCUUCUAGCCAUGUUUCUUAGCAUGGGAGUAGCCCUACUUUUUAAUUGAAUGUAAAGUAGUAUAACAGCAUAGGGGAUGAAUGUUCAGUGUAGUGUGUGUGUGUUUCAGUUAUUCAGAGACGUCCAUACAGUUUGUACCUGUGACCUCACAUGCCUUAUCUGAUGAAGCUUAGAAUAAAUCACAUGUUAGCAA